GUGAAGAACAUUAUAACUGCAUUUCCGCCCUCCAUAAAUCUAUGCGAGGCUCAGAUGAAAACGCUUCUCUUUACUGGCUUGCCCGAAUGCUUGAAGGUGGGGAGGACCCUCUAUAUGUGGCCAGAAGACUGGUGAGGUUUGCGAGUGAAGAUAUAGGACUGGCUGAUCCUUUGGCCUUAACGCAAGCGGUGGCUACUUACCAAGGCUGCCACUUCAUUGGAAUGCCAGAAUGUGAGGUUCUGCUCGCCCAGUGCGUGACCUACUUUGCCAGAGCGCCAAAGUCUAUAGAGGUGUACAGCGCAUACAGCAAUGUCAAGGCGUGUCUAAGAAACCAUCAGGGACCACUUCCACCAGUUCCGUUGCACUUAAGGAACGCGCCAACCAGGCUCAUGAAGGACAUUGGGUACGGUAAAGGGUAUAAAUAUAAUCCCAUGUUCAAGGAGCCUGUCGAUCAGGAAUAUCUGCCUAAAGAACUAAGAGGGGUCAAUUUUUUUAAAGAGAGAAGAAUGUAACGUUACCCAUCAAUGGUCUUCCCCCAGCAAGGCACUAACACACUCACACGAUACUAAUUCUGUAAUUUCUUACCAUUUGAGUUCUCUCUGCAUCUCCUGGGCUGAUUGUAUUGAAUCAGUUU